UUUGGAGACUUCUUCAAUAACAUUGCAAGGUGAAGAAUUGAUAAAACAGAAAGAGCACGGAAAUAUAAUCACCAAUUGUGGACCUGCUACAUUUCUAUUGCCAAAUCUUCCGAUUAUGUUCGGUACAACUAAUGAACAUCAUAAGCCGUUACAUCUGAUUGAAUCGUCUGUAAUGACACCUUCGGAAUCUGUGGAGUCGUUUGUGGAUACGCUGCCGAGAGUAAAAAAUUCAGAGAAUAUCGGGGUGCAAAGUAUGCAAAUGGAAGUUCCGCCGAUCGACUCGUUCACUCCGUUGGAAGCGGCCGCUAUAUCAUGCGUCCUUGAGGAAUGUUUAGAUCAGCUCGCCAUAAUAGGAUUCAUGAUACCGGCUAAAAUUGAUUCACGCUGGGACGACACGUUUAAAACGAUUGACGAGACAUACGGAGUGCCCGACGAGCCUAGAAGGCUCUUCAGGGAAGAAAUGGAUCUGCUGCCAAUCGUACCUACAGAGGCUGAAAAAAUGCAGAGGGAUAGAAAUUAUGUGUAUCAAGUCCUUCAGAAAGUUCUUCGCGACAUAAAAAAAAAUGGCAGAUUUGACAGUUUGCAAAAGGAAAUUGAUAAUAUUGCAAAGAAGCAGGAAAGCGAACGUAAUCUCGAAGCAAAUGCCCAGAUCUGGCUCAACCAAGCUAAGGAACUCCAAGAACUAUUGGAAUCUAACAAGAAGGCGAAUGAAGAGGAUCGAGAAAAUAUAAUAAAACUCGCGCAGGAAAGCGACGCGCAAGUCGAUCACGCAAUAUUUUUAAACAGCGGAAAAUUAGGCUAUGCGGAAAAAUGGGAGAAGGCCAGACUAGAGCAGCAGGAACUCAAAUUGCAUCUACAAAAGAAAGAAAUGCUGGACAAAUUAAGCGACUACUCGAAGGAAUAUAACGCGGAGCAAAUUAAAUCAGCGGAAAUGAACGCUUAUUUAGAAGCGGAUAUCAAAGAGAAAGAAGAACAGGUAAUUAUGUGGACGAAGAGAUAUAACGAGGAAAUUGUGGAACGGCAGCAGGAAAUCGACGAAUUAAAGCGUCUUAUAGAAGAACAAAAAUUAGAGAUGAAAGAAAUGCGCACUUUGAUAGAUGAGCGGCAAAAAUUUAUCGAAGAAGAAGAAAGAUUGCAGGAAGAAGCAAAGCUAAAUAGAGCUGCAACUAUUAUCCAAUCGAUAUGGAGGGGUCACAUGGUGAGACAACAAUUAGGAAAAUAUAAAAAUCUGCAAAAAGGAUUAAAAAAACAAAAGAAAUUAAGAAAACAGAAAGAGCGAUUGAUGAAAAGAAAAGGCAAAGUGUAGUCAAAAAGAAAGCUUUAAAAAGAAAAUUUGACGCUUGAGCAAACAAUAUAAAAUUUGACGUUUUAGUGAACGCUUAUGCUUUCUUUAUAUAUA